GCACCCUGACAGAACCGUCGUCACAAACCCCCCGUCUCGAUCUUGGAGAGAAGGAAAAGCCAGUUCGAUACCGCAGCCGUGAUGGGCGAGGCCGACCACUACAGGACGCUGGGGCUCCGGCGAGAUGCCAGCAAAGCCGAGGUCAAGGCCGCAUUCUCCCGCCUCGCCCUCCUCCACCACCCCGACCGCCACGCCCAGGCCGACGCCGCCACCCGCGCUGACGCCACCCGCCGCUUCCGCCAGGUGUACGACGCCUACCACGUCCUCUACGAUGACCACCGCCGCGCCGAGUAUGACCUCCGCACCUCCUCGGCUUGGAGCGGCUUCGGUCACGGCGGCGCCAAGUCCCGCUCCUCCUCGGCCUCGGGUGGCUACGGCCAUGGCGGGGCCUCCUCUUCGCCUUCGGGUCGCUACGGGUACCCACACGGAUGCGGCGGCGAUUUUCAGGACUGGCCAUCUCCGAGGGAAGGCGAAAGUCUGGGCGUUUGGAUGAGAGCCAAUUGGUACCCCUUGCUCUGCUGCACCAUGAGGAUCGCAAAAGUUGUAAUAGAUGGCUGGAAGCUGUAUAAUACCUGGAAAUCAUCAAGGGAGUCGUCAAUAGAGAAGGAAACAGCGGAGUCUGAAGAGAAGAUGAAGAAUGAGCCCUCAGAAGCGAAAGAGUAGAUGAACGGGGUUUCAAUCUGGCCCAUGAGAUGACCCACUGGCUACCCAUUCCAAGCCUAGUUCCACAUUGUUGUGCAAGGUGUGAGGGAGCAAUGCGUAAGGUGUAACUCUUGCCAUUCUCUGAAACUUGUGGCACAUGGCAUUAGAGAUACUAGAAUCCUUGUAAAUUUUGUCUAACUAGAUUCCACUGCGGAACGCAUGUUUUCCGUCUUGAAAGAUUUGGAAAUGUAAGCCAUCCACCGCCCCUAAGAUUGCACUGGGAUUUGGUUUGUGUUCCAAGCGAUGUAA